UGAUGUGGAAGAGAUGAAAUUAAUUUUAUCAAAUUUGUGAAUGAGGCCAGAGUUGAAGAAUAGUCAAUAUGCUCGGGGACAGGGCUGCCAAACAGGAGGGCCAGGACAUGCUGUAGCUGACGUGAACCUCAUGGAAUUCAACAAAGACAAAUGCAAAGUAUUUUGCGAUGGACGCUUGGGAUGGGCUCAACUGGGAUGAACCUACCCCUUGAACUGUUGAAGUCUGGGCACUGACAGCAGCUCCCCAGUGCCUACAAGGAGGUUACUGAGGAGAUGAAUCCAGGCUUUUUACAGGAGUACAAGGCAGGUGAAUGAGAAAAAACAGACAGAAAUUGAAAUGAGAGCUUCCAACUGCAAAUAGGGUAAACCUUCCCACCAUGAGCUAAUUAGAACAGGAGCAGGUUGCCCAGGGUUGUUGUAUGGUUUCCAUCUUGGAAUAUUUUCUAGACCUUAACAGAUAAAGCCCUAAGCAGCUGAGCUUGAUUUCAGCUGUGAGCAGGGUUUGGGCUAGAGUCCUCCCAAGUUUCUUUUUCUCCUCAUUCCGUGAUUUUGCAUGUGUUAUUCCUGGCAGUCAUUCACUGGGGUAGCAGAACAGUUUUGCCAUUUCCUGGGAUAUUUUCUUUUUUCCUCCAAAGCUCAUAUUGUGUACUCUGUGUUUUAUGUGAGCUACAAAACAGAUGGGAACCUCAAUGUGACUCUUCAGUUUAAUAAUUAACUCCUUGACCUUCUACUUCAUCCUUGUGUGCUCCAGGAAUUUGGUUCUGUUCACAAGCAGGAACGAGCCAAUCCUCCCAGCUCUUCAGUGUGUUGUUAAUACUGCUGAGGAAGAAGUGCAAAAGGUUGUUCUACUUCAGGAACACUCAUUAUAGAAGCCUGAUUGUCUGAAUAUUUAGUCUCUUUAUCACAGUAUUAAACAGAGGAGAACCAGGGAUCUCCAAGGCAGCAUUCAGCUGCUUGACAGUGAACCGUCCUUCCCUCUCCUGCAGUUCCCUGGGUUAUUUAUGACACAUUUCCAAUCUCUACAAGAAAUGAGACAGUGAUCUCACAGACAACACUCCAAAUCACUCUACUCCUCCACUGGAAACCCUGAUUCACCCUUUCCAGGGAGGUCUUGGGCGGGAAAAAAGUUAAUAUUAGCUGCUUAAACUAAUAUUGCUCUGAAAGUAUCUGGAGCUGUACUUGUCUUGGAUUAGCCAUCUUAAUUCCUAGCCUUUGGAAUAUGAAUGAUCUUUUAGUUCAGAAUGCUUUGUCAGUGUAGUUUUAAGGCUAUAGUAUGUAUUAUUGCAUAUUGCAAAGCCACUUAAUGUUGCUUUAAUGUAGUUCUAAGAUUGUAAUACUUAGCCUGGCUAGCAUCAUCCAUGCAGGCCUUGUCUGGCCCACACCCAGGGAGCUUUGGUCUAUACUGAUACACAGCAGAACCAUGGGCUUGUGUGUUCUGUCUUGCUGACACCAGGGUGCUUGGAGAGGUGCAGGUGGGACUGCAUUACCUAAAGCCCAGCCUUGUCCUGCAAAGCCCUUCACUGGUGAGGAAAGCAUGGACCCUUCACCACAAGGUCAACUCAGGUGGUUCUCCCUGUGUGUCUUCAAGGUCUUAAUGUCCAUAUAAGUCAUUAUGAUGUUUCCUGCUGAGGAAGAAGGGUCUCUGGGACUUGUUUGCCUAUUGACUGUGGAGGGAGUUUGUUUCAGCCUUGUCCUACUACACAAUGUCAGACGUGACCCAGUUGCAGUCCAGGCAGCAGUAUUGAGGAAGCCCAUCCUCCUGUCCUUUUCUAUGAUCAGCCUGAAGAAAAACCAAAGCCUUUUAGGAGAUGCAAGUUUAUCUCAAAAUUCAGAUGAAAUUAGACUCUUUGCAUUGAAAAUUUGGUGAAGUUUGGCAAUGCUAAAGUAGCUAAAGGCACAAUCGUAGUGGGGACAGUGGUGGGCAGCCAUCACAUGUGAGAGGGACAGCAGGAGCACCCAACACCACAUACACCAACGGACUGUGGUGGGUUUUGGGGUUAGGUCUAAAAGAACUGUAGCCAUUGUUUGAGCAUCCUGCCUGUGUGGUGUUUUCAAAUCACUGGGCCUGGCUCAGCAUGGAUUGCUCCAGGGAAGUAAUAGUGAGACAUAACCAAUGGGCACUGUAGAUCCUCCUAUUUCUUCCUGGCCCCUUAUCUAUGACUGGGGUAUCUGGGUAGGCUGGAAACCUGCAGAGAGGGCGUGAAAGGGCUACCAGCCUGACUGCAGGUGUGUGCCCAUUUGUGUUUGGCCAAGGUGGCCACUGAGCUACAGCAAGGUCAAAUGUUCCUCCUGAUUCUGGACUGUCUGCAAGCCCCAUCUUCUUUCCAGGUUGACUUUUAGCCUUUGCUGACACUGUGGUACUUUCUGUUGAGGUGAAAAGACAUUAUCUGUGGGAUUUUGUCUUCUCCUUUUAUCUUGUCCUCAUUUGCCACUGGUUUAAUGCAGGCUGGUCCCUCGGGAGUCCUGCUUCUAUCCUGGGAAAACAGUGUGAUGGAGAGCAUUAGCUCUGCCAUAGCUUGUUGCAGGGAAGGCAGCAGUAAUGCUUGAUGGGGAAAAAAUAAAUCCAGCACAUGAGCAGAGGAAUGUAUGAGUCAGCAGGCAGGGGCCAGAAAGAGCAAAGCGGUUCUUGGAGAGGCACUGCAAUGUAGCCUGCGGUCAUCGCUGGAUUGGAGGGCUUUCUCUCCUAACCUCAAUGUGAAGACAAUCAUCGGGACCAUCUCUGCCUCUUGAGGACACCUGAGCCAGCAGACACCACUGAGCAGGGAUCAGAGAUGGAUAAGAUACUGGAAGCUGUAGUGAUGUCCUCUUACCCCAACAACGUGAAGCAAGGGCUUGUGAGGCGCGUCAUCGAGGCGGCGAAGCAGCCCAUGGACAGUGAGCAGUGCUGGUCCAUGCUGGAGCUGUCCACCAAGCUUUAUCUCACCGGGGAUACCAAGUAUAAAAGAGAGAUUGGGAAAGAAGUUUUGGAGGUUUAUGGCCACUAUCACCCAGAGGAAUUUGAGGAGUUCUUCAAUGUCCGCUUCCUGCUGAGUCUCCUCCAGGAAGGCUAUGGACCUCUGGGGAAGAGAAGCCAUUAUGUACUUGAUUAUAUCCAGUUAGGACUGCAGUUUGUCCUGGAAAGCCCAUCAGCAAACAGCAUCUUCAGCUUAUUGAGGAUCGAGGUGCUCCGGAAAGUCUGCGAGAGGCCGAGUCCCAAGCAGUGUGCGAAGAUCAGCAAACUCUUAACGCAGCAUCCUCAGUGCAUCCCCAUGGGAAAACACCAGCUCCUGUUCUGUCAGCAGCUGAUCCGGUGCAUCGGGCAGUUCCAGUGUGUCUCCGAGGGGGAAGAAGAGAUCAUGGAGUUUUUGGAGCAGGUGAACAAAGUGAGUGGUCUGCUGCAGAGGAUCUGGAGGACUCAGACCUCAGCCAUCCUGCCCUCUUUGAAAGAACUGUUCACUAUAAUUUCUUCAACAGAGGAACAGGAAGCACCCUCCAAUGCCUUGGCCAGCGUGGUUCAGUUUGUCCCUCUGGAGCUCAUGGAUGGCGUCAUAAGAAACCUCACCAAUGAUGACAGCAUCACUGAUGUGCAAAUGAUGAUGGCCAUUGGCAGGAUGAUUGACUGGGUGUCUUGGCCCCUGGGAAAGAACAUAGACAAGUGGAUCAUUGCUCUGCUGAAGGGUUUGGCUGCAGUGAAAAAGUUCAGCAUCUUGAUUGAAGUUACUCUUUCGAAAAUAGAAAAGGUCUUCUCCAAGCUGCUGUACCCCAUUGUGAGGGAGGGGGCUUUGUCUGUCCUGCAGUACAUGCUGCUGAGCUUCCAGCACUCCCACGAGGCAUUUCACUUGCUCCUGCCUCACAUCCCCAGGCUGGUGGCCUCUUUGAAGAAGGAGGACUCCAAUUCUGCGACCAGCUCCCUGGAGCAGCUGGCUGAGCUCAUCCACUGCAUGUUCUUCCGCUUCUCAGGAUUCCCAGACCUCUAUGAGCCAGUCCUAGAAGCAGUUAAAGCUCUCCCGAUUCCAAACGAAGACCGGAUUAAACACCUCUUGGGACAAAAUGCUUGGACCUCCCAGAAGAACGAGCUGGCCUGCUUCUACCCACGCCUGGCAUCUAAAUCAGAGACAGGAAAGAUUGGGUUAAUUAACUUGGGAAACACUUGCUACAUGAACAGCAUCAUACAGUCUCUUUUCAUGGCUUCAGACUUUCGGCAUUCAGUGCUGAAUUUAACUGAGGGCAACUCCCAGCCCCUGAUGACAAAGCUCCAGUGGCUCUUUGCAUUUUUGGAGCACAGUCAGCGACCUGCCAUCUCCCCUGAGAGCUUCCUCUCUGCCUCCUGGCCACCCUGGUUCACCCCUGGAGCUCAGCAGGACUGCUCAGAGUACCUCAAGUAUUUGCUGGACCGAUUGCAUGAAGAGGAAAAAACUGGAAAAAGGAUCUACCAGAAACUCAAGGAAUCCAGCUUGACGUCUCAGGCGGUGGAGCAUCAUUACUUAAACAAGACAUUGAUUGAGAAGAUGUUUGGAGGUAAAAUGAUGACAAAGAUCCGCUGCUUGAAGUGCCUGAAUGUUUCCUCCCGAGAAGAAGCCUUCACAGACCUGUCCCUGGCUUUUCCUCCAUUGGACAGGAAUGUGUGUGGGAGCACAUCUGUUCUACCAGUGGAAGAAAUUGGCCCACAAUUGAUUGAGCCUCCAGAAAAUUCAGGCCAGCUUAUGGGCUCUCCCUGGAUCCAGAGGAAGGCCCCCAUGGCCAGUGACCAUGCAGCCCCAUCAGUGUCAGUGGAAACAUUAGGUUUCCAGGAACGAGGAGAUGCAGCAAAUCCCAUACGUGGCAAUGAUGUUGGGGUGGAUGCAGCUAAAGACCCUCUCUCAACUUUCAGGGAGCAGGCAUGUGCUCCGAAGGACUCCAGAUCUGUUCCGGAUUUAAUCAACUAUUUUCUAUCCCCAGAGAGACUGACAGCAGAGAAUAAAUACCACUGUGAGAAAUGUGCAUCCUUGCAGGAUGCUGAGAAGGUGGCAGAGCUGACAGAGGGUCCACACUACCUCAUCCUCACACUGCUGCGGUUUUCCUUUGACCCACGGACUAUGAAGAGGAAGAAGAUCUUGGACAAUGUCUCCAUCCCUGUGGUGCUUAAGCUACCCAUCCUCGUUGCUCCAGAGGAAACUGAGGAGGUUUGCCGGCAUGGGAAGGACGGUGUUGUUCCAGGGAGUGGCUUCAUGACUGUGGUGUAUGACCUCUGCAGUGUGGUGGUGCAUUCAGGCAUCUCCUCUGAGAGUGGCCACUACUACUGCUACUCCAGGGAGUGCACUGACACCAACCCCCACGGGCAGCCCCGGGAUGGGGUGCCAAAACCAGCCUCUGACAAACAGUUGGACUUUGAAAUCCAGUGGUACCUCUUCAAUGACACCAGAGUUUCCUUCUCCUCCUUCGAAUCGGUCAGCAACGUCACCUCCUUCUUCCCCAAGGACACUGCCUACGUCCUCUUCUACCGGCAGCGGCCGGAACAGCAGAGCUGCCUGCUGCACGAGGCUCUGGCUGAGGCCGGCCGCCUGCAUGGUGAACCAUCCCUCCACAAGGACUUGAUGGAAGCCAUUUCCAAAGAUAACAUCCUCUUCUUGCAGGAGCAGGAAAAAGAAGCAAGGAACAGAGCCGCCUAUAUUUCUGCCUUGCCGAAAUCCCCGCUGUGGUGGAGAGACUUGGACAGGGACAAGGAUGAUGACAACUCAUCGGGGGGCUGCAGCCCAGCAGCGGGUGGGGGCGGAUCCGGCUCCUUCCAUGGACUCGUCUUUUAGCCAACAGCUUGAACCAGAUGGGCAGUGUCCAUGUGGCCAACCCAAAGCCAGAAGCUCCUCUUCCUCACCCUGAUAACAGUGAGCAUCUUGGAGAAACAUUUCAAUGGAAGAGGUCUCAGGGGCUGAUUGGGAGGCGCCUGGAGGGUCUCGCUGCUUCCUCCUAUGCACUUGGUCUUCAUGCCUUAAUGUACCUAAGCUAACGCAGAAAUGAGCAGCUGCCAACAGCUCGGAGAAGUGCCCUUUUGCUUCAUCAUAGCCAUGUCUUGCCUGCUGUGAGCCAUGCCACCAGUCUGGGGAGGUGACAGGGACAGGCACAGGAAGGAAGACAGACCCAGUAGGGCCCCAGGGAUGGAGAUGUCCCAUGCACAUCCUGUCUGCAGCCCUUCCCAUGGCGCUGAGUUGGUUCCAGGGUGACCUCUGCUCAGUUGUUAUAUUUCUUUUUAAUGUGGUUUGGGAACCCACUAUGAAAAACCCUAAAGGUAGAAAAAAGUUUGGAAAAUGCCAAAAUGUAGCUAGCAGUGCUGGUCUGUGAGGCAGUGAGCUUGUAAUACAAGCAGUGUCAGGUCAACCAAAGGGAGUUUAUGCUUUUUUAUUGUUUUGUUUAUUGCAAGACACCCAAAUGAGACUGUGGGGCACAAACCCCUCCAGCCAAGAGAAAUUGACCUGGUCCCGUUGGGGUUUCUGUGCUCCAGUGAAGACCCAUUGUGUUACUGAUGACCUCUGGAUGCUUUUAGUGUGCACGGCAGGCCAAGACACACAGCUGUUUUUCCAGAUGUGUCUUUAGGACUCCAUUAGUCUCUUUCUGCUGCUGUCAUUUGAUGGCUUUCUGGGCUGGUUCUGCCCUUUAAAAUUUGUGUUUUCCCUUGGGAUACACUAAACUGAGCAGCAGAUGACAGAGCCCCCCAUAACUCAUGAUCUAUUUUUUUAAAAUGCUGAUUUGCAAGGUGAGUAGCCCAACCAGAUAUGUUAUAGCAAUCCAAUAUCAGUAUAUACUAUGUAAACCAAGGUAUUAUAUAAAUCCAUAAUGGGAUAGGGGCUGAUUUUGAUGGCAGACAGCCAACUCAAGCCCCAGGCAGCACUUCUACAGGACCACAGCUCCCUCCCAUGUCCCUCCCCAGCUGUUUUCCCCUGCCUGCUCCUCCUUCACACCUGUAGUAGAGAUUUCUCUGGCUCAAGUGGCAGAGACUUGUGCCUUAGGUCCUAAGUGCAAGGCCUAAUCCUGACCAUGGCAUAUUGGGGUAGGAGUGUUGAGGAAAAGGCAAAGCACAGACAUUGCUAUGGAUAAUGUGAGCAGAAAGUCUGCUAGAGAGGACACUUGGGGUCAAAUAUCUGGUGUAGACUAUCAUAUUCUUUUAUUGUCUUUCCUAUAUAUAAAUAAAGGAAAUUAAUUCAA